AUGAAAAGAAUAGCUUUUAGCGUGCUCUGUGGUCUCUAUGCUGCCAUGGGGGCUACUCAACUGGUUAUGGACCAACACGGUAGCUACGAGUCGAAUGCUCCUUCACGCGCGGACUUGGGUCCAUCUAUGGCCCCAGGAUAUCACUUUCACGAUAUAACUGAAGACUUACCUGUGAGGAAUAUGGAUACCGACGUCCAAUACGUCGAUUUACACGCGUUGGCGGAUGAUGCCUACACGCGCGUAACCCAUCCGCUCUUCCCUCAUUACGGCGUGCGAAUCAAGUCGAACAAAGGGUGGUGUGACACCACCCGGUCCUAUACUGGCUAUAUUGAUAUCGGCGCGAAACAUCUCUUCUUCUACUUUUUCGAAUCCCGUAAUCCUUCAUCCGAUUUCGUCUUGUGGACAAACGGUGGCCCGGGUGGAUCAUCCGCAAUGGGUCUCUUUAUGGAACUGGGACCUUGUCUCAUCUUCUCCAAAAACGAUACCGAGACACCACGCACUAACCCCUACUCUUGGACCAACAACGCCUCUGUCAUCUUCAUCGACCAACCUGUCGGUGUUGGCUUCUCGUACGCGGAUUAUGGCGAACACGUUGGUCGAACGGAGGAUGCGGCGGUGGAUAUAGCAGCUUUCGUGGCGAUAUUUUUGGAGAAAUUCAUUUGGAAGUCAGGCACGGACGAUAUCAAGUUUCAUCUCGCAGGCGAAAGCUACGGUGGACGCUACCUUCCUCUUUUCGCGUCUCAAAUAGUAGACCAGAACCUGAUCCUGAAGAAACAUGGAAGUAAACCCGUACCACUCAAGUCGGUCAUGAUAGGAAACGGGCUGACAGAUCCAUCCAGAUUCUUCGGCGGCCACUAUGACUAUGCUUGUACGCAGGCUUCUGGGUUACCGAGCCCUGUCUUGCCCAUAUCGACGUGCGUGAGGAUGCGCCGAGCGCUCACUCGCUGCGAAGAAAUGGUGCAAACCUCUUGCAUCCAUCGCUUUGACACCCUGGCGUGUUCGGCUGCGAGCAGCUUUUGCGAAUCCGAGAUCAUGUUCCCAUUCAUUUCCUAUGGUCUCAACCCCUACGACGCGACUCGACAAUGUGACGGCGAAUACGAGGACACCUUGUGCUACCCGCUCUCCAAACAUAUCGAGGCCUACCUUAAUCGCCCUGAUAUCCGAAAGAUGCUCGGCGUGAGUAAAAAGGUAAAGAAGUACGAGCUGCACAGCAUCCUAGUUGGGCAAGAUUUCAACAGUCACCUGGAUUUCAUGCGGGAUACGCCACCGUACGUUGAAGCGUUGCUGGAGAGAGGAGUGCGUGUACUCGUCUACGUAGGCGCAAACGACUGGAUCUGUAACCAUAUCGGCAACUAUCGCUGGACAGCAGCAUUGCCAUGGUCUGGACAGGAGGCCUUCAACUCUCAGCAGCUCCGUGAGUGGAAAGUAGAGGAACAUGUGGCGGGUAUGACCAGGAACGCGAGGGGAUUAACCUUCGCUACGGUUUAUGGCGCGGGGCAUAUGGCACCGUAUGAUAAACCAAAAGAGACCUUGGCGAUGCUCAACCGUUGGUUGGCCGAACAGGACCUAUGA